AUGUCCUUUGUGAUACACGCAACAGCAUCCUUUCUGCAAGUUUGUCAAAAUCUCAUUGAUGCAUUCUAUCUCAUUGGCUGGGCAGAGGAUAUCAUUACUGGUGGUGACAUGCGAGGAGUACGAGAUGAUCGAGACGAAUGUGGAUGUCUGAAUCGUCUGCAACGCCACGGUGUCGUUACAGAUACGACGGAUGUAUUGACAAUUGUUGAUGUUCAGACGGAGGAUACUGCACAGGCUUGUGAAGUAACUCCGAUCGACGAGGAUUCGGGAAUUACUAUUCGGUUGGAUGAAUACAAUUUAAGCUCGAAAGCAGCCCGUAUGAGUUCGGGUUAUUGCGAGAAAAUUGCGCUCAUUUCAAGAGAUGAAGAAGAUUCAGCGCCAAAAACCAUGAAUCAGUUCAACGCUGCGAUACCCCCGGCCCUUGCGCCGUUACAAUAUAUGGAUCAGGAUAUCAUACAAGGUCGAAACGCUGCCACUCCUGCCUGA